AUGUCUGCCCCUUGCAAUUGCAAACAUACAGAGACCGCGGCACCUUCCAGCUUAUCUACAAUUUUAUCACCACAACUUCAAAAGGAGUUUCAAGACCCACAACAUCCAGCCAAUUUGAUUUGCGAAUUAUGUCGCUUAUUUUACGACAACAAUUGGGUCACUGGGACCGGAGGUGGUAUUUCCAUAAGAGAUGUUGAUGGACCAAACCCCAACGUGGUAUACAUUGCCCCUUCUGGAGUUCAAAAGGAGAGGAUUUUACCAUGGGAAAUGUUUUUAGUGGAAUUACCCCAGGAGAAAUUGUUGCGUACACCCAAUGAUAUUCCUAAAGAAUUGACCAAAAAUUACAAGUACAAGCCUAGUGCAUGUACUCCUUUAUUUAUGAGUUGCUAUAAAAUGAGAGAUGCUGGAGCUUGUAUCCAUACCCAUUCACAAAGUGCAGUCAUGGUGACUCUAUUGUUUGAAAAUAAAAGCUAUUUUGAGAUUAGUCACAUUGAACAAAUUAAAGCUUUACCUAAAUUGCAAUACAAUGAAAAAUCUGGUAAAGUUGAAAAAGUUGGUAGUAUGGAGUAUUAUGAUCGGUUAAUUAUCCCCAUAAUUGAAAACACCCCUCAUGAAGAAGAUUUAACUGAUUCGUUACAAGAAGCCAUCAAAAAUUAUCCAGGUACGUCGGCUGUCUUGGUUAGGAGACAUGGAAUUUAUGUCUGGGGUGAAACUGUUUGGAAAGCCAAGGUGUACAAUGAGGCAAUUGAUUAUUUGUUGGAAUUGGCGGUCAAGAUGCAUCAAGCGGGGGUUCCAUUAGUUAAAGAUUCAUAG